AUGGGACACCCGUCCUCACCACCUGUGGUGGACACUGUUCAUGGUAAAGUCCUGGGGGAGUACGUCCGCUUAGAAGGAUUCUCACAGCCAGUGGCCGUCUUCCUGGGAGUCCCCUUUGCCAAGCCUCCUCUUGGAUCCCUGAGGUUUGCUCCACCACAGCCUGCAGAGCCCUGGAAUUCUGUGAAGAAUGCCACCUCCUACCCUCCUUUGUGCUCCCAAAACCCAGAGGCAGCACAGAUGAUUGCAGAGCACUUCACCAACAGAAAGGAGACCAUUCCUCACAAGUUUUCUGAAGACUGUCUCUACCUAAAUAUUUACACUCCUGCCGACUUGACCAAGAGCAGCAGGUUGCCAGUGAUGGUGUGGAUCCAUGGAGGUGGACUGGUGAUAGAUGGAGCAUCAACCUAUGAUGGACUGCCCCUUGCUGUUCACGAAAAUGUGGUGGUAGUGGUCAUUCAGUAUCGCCUGGGCAUCUGGGGAUUCUUCAGCACAGGGGAUGAACACAGCCGGGGGAACUGGGGUCACUUGGACCAGGUAGCUGCACUGCGCUGGAUCCAGGACAACAUUGUCAACUUUGGGGGCAAUCCAGGCUCUGUGACCAUCUUUGGAGAGUCAGCAGGAGGUGAAAGUGUCUCUGUUCUUGUGUUGACACCACUGGCCAAGAACCUCUUCCACAGGGCCAUCUCUCAGAGCAGUGUCAUCUUCAAUCCUUGCCUGUUUGGAAGAGAUGCUAGGCCCAUAGCUAAGAAAGUAGCUGUUCUUGCUGGUUGUAAAACCACCACCUCAGCUGCCAUGGUUCACUGCUUGCGCCAGAAGACAGAGGAUGAGCUCUUGGAGGUCUCUCUGAAAAUGAAAUUUGGUACUGUUGACUUUCUUGGAGACCCCAGAGAGAGCUAUCCCUUCCUGCCCACUGUGAUUGACGGAGUGCUACUGCCAAAGGCACCAGAAGAGAUCCUGGCUGAGAAGAAUUUCAACACUGUGCCCUACAUGGUGGGCAUCAACAAGCAAGAGUUUGGCUGGAUCAUUCCAAUGUUUCAGGGCUUUCCAAUCUCCGAAGACAAACUGGACCAGAAGACAGCUGCUUUCCUUAUGCGACAGGCCUACUCCAUCCUUAACGUCUCUGAGAAUCUGAUUCCUGCAGCUACUGAGAAAUAUUUAGGAGGGACAGACGACCCUGUCAAAAAGAAGGACCUGUUCCUGGACUUGAUUGCAGAUGUCAUGUUUGGCGUCCCAUCUGUAACUGUGGCCCGUAGUCACAGAGAUGCUGGCGCUCCCACCUACAUGUAUGAGUUUCAAUAUCAGCCAAGCUUUGUAUCAGACAUGAGACCCAAGACCUUGAAAGGAGACCAUGGUGAUGAUCUCUUCUCUGUAUGGGGAGCCCCAUUUUUAAAAGGGGGCACCUCAGAAGAAGAGAUCAACUUCAGCAAGACAGUGAUGAAAUUCUGGGCCAACUUUGCUCGGAAUGGGAAUCCCAAUGGGGAAGGCUUGCCCCAUUGGCCAGAAUAUGACCAGAAGGAAGGCUACCUGCAGAUUGGAGUCCCAACACAGGCAGCCUAUAAGCUGAAAGACAAGGAAGUUGCCUUUUGGACUGAGCUCAGGGCUAAGGAAGUAGCAAAAACACCCACCCAGAGGGACCAUGUUGAGCUCUGAUCAGGAAGUCCAGCCAGAUUUGAAAGCCUGGAGCCAAGAAGGGGCUAUUCCACAGAAACAUUUGCUUGUUUGUUUGUUUGUUUACUCUACAAAACUAGCCGUCUUACUAUUGAGCAUAUAAACUCUUUGAUAUAUUAUACAAACAAUAAGAGGGAGAUGUUGGUCUUUGUGCUCUCUGUUUUUUGUUUGUUUGUUUUGUUUUGUUUUGUUUGUUCUUAGCAACAGUAUAAAUCAUAACUGUAAAUCAAACCAGGGCCUGUGUCUUUGAAUAAAGAUGAAUUCAUGUGCCUCCCAGAGGGAAGUAUGGAGAAAGAUCUAGCAUUGUGAGAUGCCACUUCUACAGGUGGUGGAUAGAUGAUUGACUGUC